CACACUCAUACACACAGGCAGGAGACCGCCCACCGCAGACAGCUAAGACCCCCUUAUAGAUUUAAAGAGAGACUGCAUUGCCUGACGUUCAUUCAAUAGAGAGAUCCCAGCACUCCACAGCAUCACCUCUCCACUCUCUGGGCUGCACUGAGGAUGUCACAUCGCCAGGGCUUGCUAGGACUUCUUGUCACUAUGUCCCUGUGUCAUUUCAUGGAAGAUCACACAGUCCAGGCUGGAAACUGUUGGCUUCAGCAAUCCAAGAACGGACGGUGCCAGGUUCUCUACAGGACUGAACUGAGCAAAGAGGAAUGCUGCAAAACGGGCAGGCUGGGCACCUCCUGGACCGAGGAAGACGUACCCAACAACACGCUAUUCAAAUGGAUGAUAUUCAACGGAGGAGCUCCCCACUGCAUCCUCUGCAAAGAAACGUGUGAAAACGUGGACUGUGGACCCGGAAAAAAAUGUAAAAUGAAUAAGAAAAAUAAGCCAAGGUGUGUCUGUGCCCCGGACUGCUCCAACAUCACCUGGAAGGGCCCCGUGUGUGGUCUGGAUGGCAAAACGUACAAGGACGAAUGUGCUCUACUCAAGGCCAAAUGCAAAGGAGUCCCGGAGCUGGAUGUGCAGUAUCAAGGCAAAUGCAAAAAAACAUGCAGAGAUGUCCUAUGUCCAGGUACCUCCACGUGCGUGGUGGACCAGACCAACAAUGCCUACUGCGUGACAUGUCAUCGGCACUGUCCGGAGCCUACCUCCCCAGAACAAUAUUUAUGUGGAAAUGAUGGGAUUACGUACGCCAGCGCUUGUCACCUGCGGAAAGCCACCUGUCUCCUGGGCAGGUCAAUCGGUUUGGCGUACGAGGGAAAAUGCAUAAAGGCCAAGUCAUGUGAAGACAUCAAGUGCAGCAUUGGAAAGAAGUGCCUGUGGGACAGCAGAGUGGGCAGAGGCCGCUGCGCAGCGUGCGAAGAUUACUGCCCGGACAGCAAGUCUGACGAAGCGGUUUGCGCCAGCGAUAACACCACCUACCCCAGCGAGUGUGCCAUGAAGCAGGCCGCCUGCUCAUUGGGUCUACUUUUGGAAGUCAAACACACCGGAUCUUGCAACUCCAUUAAUGAAGAUCCUGAUGAAGACGACGAGGAGGAAGACCCCGACUACAGCUUCCCAUUAUCUUCAGUCCACUGGUAAAACUGUUGGAACAGCCUUUGGCAAGGAGUGAUGUCCAUACUGUAUAUAGGUGUAUGCUAUUUAUUUUGAGGAAGAAGAAGAAAAAAAAAGUAUACAUAUAGUUGAGUCUGGUAGACAUUUAUUUAUACUGUGUCAUGUUUUAUAAUUUAUACAUAAAAUGUCUGUUUUUUUUGACUGUACACCUUGUUUUGAAGAAAUAUAUUCGUCAAAGGGAGAGCAGUGUUAUUUAUUGUGAGAAACCUUUGCUUGUAAAGUUCAGCUUUUUCGUGUAAGUCCAUUCCUGAUAACUGACCAGUACUGUCCACUCCAUACACUGAUGCUAGAGAGUAAGCGUGGGCAGGGCCGGAUUAUUGGAGGAGAACGCUCCACCAUGUUGGGGUUCUAGGAGGCCACCCUUUCUACUCAGGCCCCUUAAAAUCAUGGAAAAUUUUCUGUGGGGGCCUGUAUUUUCUAGUUAUGCCAUUCUUGGGACCCUUACUUCUUUACUGAUGCUCCUAUCCAACUAAGAAGAGAUCGGAGAUUGCAUGUAGCAUGUUCUUUUGAAGUCUAAGGGAGGUUCCUCAACAGUCUUCAUACCUCCCAUAGACUUAAGCAGAGGGGGCCACCUCUCUUAUAUGUGAUUGCAGUAGAGGUCAGGUAGAAGAGGGAUGACUGCUCCAACAAUUCUUUUUUGCCAAGGGACCUCCAGCAACCCUAGUCCGGCCCUGUGUGUUGGCAAAGUUCUGCAGCCCAUAGCUUGGUGAAUGUCAUUGUCCUGGUAGACCUCAAUGACAGGGAUGAGACCAUUCAAGAAGCCCUGGUCUACAGAACGGUUCCUGCUUUAGAGCUUUUUCUUGGAUUUCUUCACAUUUGCAUGUCAGUUCCAGUAUGUUUAUUUAUUGGAUUUUAUCUUUCGUCCUGUACAUACAUCCUUUGGGUUUUGUUUACAAGGAAUCUUGACUGACCAAAAGAAGCUGCAAUCACUAUAUCAACAGAGGUUCAUGGAUGGAAAUUUGUUUUUUUGUUUUUUGUUGUUUUUUUACGGCCAUUUAUAUGUGGCCCAGUGUAUAACCGCAACCACAAGGACUCUGUGGGAACUCAUCCCUUUAAUCUGUGAACCCGUGGCUAAAUAUCAGUGUUUGGUUGUAACCAUAUCAGAGCUUUAUCAGUCCAAGUUUCUUGCUUUUCACAAUACUCUUCUUUGUUUCUGGUUCAAUUUUCUAUUUUCAGAACAUGGCAAGUGAAAUAUAAAGUCAUUUAAAUAUAUAGUUUUGUACUUUUUUACCAUGUAAAUGUGCAAUGUAUAUAAAAGUUAUAAAGUGUAUGUAAAUAAAUUAUGGUUGAACAAUAAAAUGGAAAUUUCCUAUG